AUGUUGGUGUUCUUCAUGUGGCAUUAUCUGGAGCACAUAACCUCCAUCGGGCCCAGGACGACCGGAAGUCCCGAGAAUGAGGUCCUGACGGUGCGCUACCUGCUGGAGCAGAUCCAGCUGGUGGAGCAGCAGAGCAGCGACGCCCACAAGAUUUCUGUGGACGUGCAGCGGCCCACAGGCUCCUUCAGCAUCGACUUCCUGGGGGGGUUUACGAGCUACUACGACAACAUCACCAACGUCGUGGUGAAGCUGGAACCCCAGGCCGGAGCCCAGCACGCGGUCCUGGCCAACUGCCACUUUGACUCAGUGCCCAACUCACCAGGUGCCAGCGACGACGCGGUCAGCUGCUCGGUGAUGCUAGAGGUCCUCCGGGUCCUGUCGACGUCCUCAGAGACCCUGCACCACGCCAUCAUCUUUCUCUUCAACGGCGCCGAGGAAAAUGUUUUGCAGGCCAGCCACGGCUUCAUUACUCAGCACCCCUGGGCCGGCCUGGUCCGCGCGUUCAUCAACCUGGAGGCAGCGGGCGUCGGAGGGAAAGAGCUAGUCUUCCAGACAGGCCCUGAAAACCCGUGGCUGGUCCAGGCCUACGUGUCCGCGGCCAAGCACCCCUUUGCUUCCGUGGUGGCCCAGGAGGUGUUCCAGAGCGGCAUCAUCCCCUCCGACACAGACUUCCGCAUCUUCAGGGACUUCGGGAACAUCCCAGGCAUUGACUUGGCUUUUAUUGAGAAUGGCUACAUCUACCACACCAAGUACGACACGGCCGACAGGAUCCUGACCGAGUCCAUUCAGCGAGCAGGUGAUAACAUCUUAGCCAUCCUUAAGUACCUGGCCACCUCUGACAUGUUGGCCUCGUCCUCUGAGUACCAGCAUGGCAACAUGGUCUUCUUCGAUGUGUUUGGCCUCUUCGUCAUCGCCUACCCCUCCCGAGUCGGCUCGAUCAUUAACUACAUGGUGUUCUUGGCCGCUGUUCUGUACCUGGGCAAGAAGCUGCUGCAGCCCAGACACAAGACUGCUUGCUACAUGAAGGACUUCUUCUGUGGGCUGGGCAUCACCCUGGUCAGCUGGUUCACCAGCCUCGUCACCGUCCUCAUCCUUGCAGUGUUCGUCUCUCUGAUCGGACAGUCCCUCUCAUGGUACAACCACUUCUAUGUUUCCGUUUGUCUGUAUGGAACUGCGGCUGUAGCCAAAAUAGUGUUCGUACACACCCUGGCAAAGAGAUUUUACUACGUGGACACCAGCCAGCAGUACCUGGGAGAGCUGUUCUUUGACAUCGCGCUGUCUGUGCACUGCUUUUCCCUGGUCACACUCACGAGCCGCGGGCUCUGCCUGGCGUUUGUCAGUGCCGUCUGGGUGGCCUUCCCGCUGCUCACCAAGCUGCUCGUGCACAAGGACCUGCAGCAGAACGGUGCUGGAGGAAAGUUCCUGGGGACUUACCUUCUGGGGCUGUUGAUCCCGUACCUGUACGCACUGUACCUCAUCUGGGCUGUGUUCGAGAUGUUCACCCCCAUCCUCGGGAGAAGCGGCUCGCAGAUCCCGCCCGACGUGGUGCUGGCCUCCAUCCUGGCUGCCUGCGUGAUGGUCCUCUCUUCCUAUUUUAUCACCUUCAUCUACCUUGUCAGAAGCACACAGAGAACCAUGGUGGCGCUGACCCUGGUGUGCACCCUGACCUUCCUCCUGGUCUGCAGCGGGACGUUUUUCCCCUACAGCUCCAACCCUGCAAACCCGAAGCCAAAGCGCGUGUUCCUCCAGCAUGUGACUCGAACGUUCCAUGACCUGGAAGGCAGCGUGACCCAACGGGACUCCGGGAUAUGGAUCAACGGAUUUGACUACACCGGCAUGUCACACGUCACCCCUCAUGUCCCUGAGAUCAACGACACCAUCCGAGCUCCGUGUGAGGAAGCGGCGCCCCUCUGUGGCUUCCCGUGGUACCUCCCGGUGCACUUCCUCAUCAAGAAAAACUGGUAUCUCCCUGCUCCAGAAGUUUCUCCAAGACUCCGCCCUCAUUUCAGGCUGAUAGCCAAAGAAAAGACACCCUGGGAUUCUACAAGGUUGACCUUUGAAACAACGGGCCCCAGCCACAUCUCGCUCUACAUCCGAACUCACCAGGGCUCGGCGCUCACCCAGUGGUCCCUCGGCAGCGGCACCCCGGUCACCAGCAAAGGCGGGGACUACUUUGUCUUUUAUUCCCAUGGACUCCAGGCCUCCGCAUGGCAGUUCUGGAUCGAAGUGCAGGUCACUGAAGAGCAGCCGGGAGGAAUGGUUACUGUGGCCUUGGCCGCCCACUACUUAUCUGGGGAAGACAAACGAUCCCCCCCGCUGGAUGCGCUGAAGGACAAGUUCCCUGACUGGACGUUUCCCUCUGCCUGGGUGUGCACCUAUGACCUCUUUGUAUUCUAACCUGUGGACAGUCCCCCGUGCCGCCUGCCUCCCCCACCAAGUGCCCUGGGAGCUGUGCAGGUGACACUUGGGCCGGGGGAUGCCGUGGGCAGAGGGAUUCAUGCACAGCCUUGUGACACUUGAAACUGCCAGGGCUCUGGCACUGAAGCACACGUGGGUACUACAGCCCGACACCAUUGUACACAGCUAGGGACAGACCCCUGCCAGCCACUCUGAUAACUCCUCUCAGGAUCAUCAAAGGCAUACAAGGUACAGUCAUGUCCGGCAAGUAGUGGGAGGAUACGUCCCCAGGGCCGGGGGUCCCUGAACCUGACCUCUGAGGGGUUGGAGGGACGGUCAUUGCUGAGCGGCUGCACUGAGAGGACCGUGUCUUUGUCGAAGGCCACUAGCUGGGUCCCCACAGACUUCCACCACACUCCUGCCCUGGGAUUUCUCUGCUGGUUCCCCCUUCCCCAGAAUGGCCUCUGGGCAUCAUGCUUGUCCUGGGCAGGAUGCCGAGGGGGCCAGACCAGAGAAGACAGGGCACAUUCUGGGCCUUGACUUACUUCGCACUGGACUGAGUUCUGGCAGCUGAGCAGACCGGUGUUUGGGGAGCUCCCUGUCCGUCCCGCUGGCCCUCCUGAGCCUGGGCUGUCUUGACUGUGAUCAGCGUCCCUGCAGAGGUGGGGUGAGGUGGAGCAGCAGCCCCAGGACUAGGACAAAUGGAGAACAGUGGACGAAGCACACGCCCAAGAAAGUCAGUGUUGAAAACAAGAAGUGGGCUGGUUGGCUCCAGGUGAUCUCAGGCAAGAGGCCUGCGUCCUGGGGGCUGCUUGACACCCCCCCACCCCCGCCCCCGGGGCACACUGCACGCUGUCUCAGACCACUCCCAUUAAU